AUGGGUGACUUAUCGCUACUCAAAGGCUGGAACGCAACUUUACCCAAUACUGAAGUCAUGCCUGUACUAUUUUUGGGACAUGGUUCACCCAUGAAUGCGAUUCAAACCAAUGAUUUUACCCGUACUUGGAACAGCAUUGGUGCAGAAAUGGACGUACAGCCCACAGCAAUUUUAUGUAUUUCCGCACAUUGGCUUACCCAAGGUGGUACUGCCGUCACUGCAAUGCAACAACCGAAAACCAUUCAUGAUUUUGGUCGUUUUCCUCAAGCUUUUUGGGGAUUAGAUCACGGAACAUGGGGCGUGUUAUGUCAUGUAUUCCCACAAGCCAAUAUUCCUGUUGUUCAAUUGAGUGUCGACUAUAGUCAAGGUGCCCAAUAUCAUUAUGACUUGGCUAAACAAUUAGCGCAGUUACGUCGUAAAGGGAAGCUGAUGCAAAGAUGA